AUGGACAAGUAUCUGCGGGCAUGGAGACAAGAUGCCCUGAACAAGGGCCAGCAUGACGCUGCGAUAUACAUCGGAGACAAGGUCCUGGCUUUGACGAAUAAUGAUGCAGACGCAUUCUGGCUGGCCCAAGUGCAUUUUGGAAACAACAAUUUUACGCGGGCCCUCGCCCUUCUUUCACGAAAAGACCUGAUCCAUCGAAGCCUCUCGUGUCGAUAUCUGGCUGCUCACUGCUACAUAAAACAAGGCAGAUACGACCAGGCCCUUGUCAUCCUCGGGGAAGAUAAUCCUACGCAUCUCAUCACCACGUCGCACAAUGCUCGCAGGAAGCUGGCCCAUAUCAAUGGCCACUCUCAAAGAAAUGCCACACAGAGAAGCGGCAGACCUCAAAGAGACAGGAUAGAACUCAGCGAAGAACGAGAACGAGACAGAGAGUCGGAGAAGGAGCUGAAAUUUCAGGCUGGCAUGUGCUAUCUGCGAGGCCUGUGUUUUGCCAAACGCAAUGCUUUUGAUCGAGCGAGGGAUUGCUACAAAGACGCAGUCCGAAUAGACGUCCAAUGCUUCGAGGCCUUCGACCAACUUAUGAAGAAUUCCUUAAUGUCCCCGGCGGAGGAGUUGGCGUUUUUGGACGAAUUGGAUUUUGACUCCAUCCGAAUCGAGGAUCAAUCUCUGGCCCAGGAGGCGGCCCAUUUCACCAAGCUGUUGUACACCACCCGUUUAUCCAAAUAUUCCUCCCCAGGGACCCUCGCCCACGCCACAGAGACACUGUCCACCCAUUACAAUCUCGCAUCAAAUCCAGACUUGCUUCUCACCCGGGCCGAAACUCUGUAUACGCAAUGUCGAUUUCAUGAAGCCCUGGCCAUCACCACAAGUAUUUUGAAUUCGCAGGAUCAUUCUCACACCGCGAUAGAUGCCUCAUCAAGCAACACCAACGCCUCACUUGGUCACAGCCCCCGCUUGUACCCGCUACAUCUCGCCGUUCUCUACGAGACGGGAUCGUAUACGACUCUCUUCCACCUCUCACAUACCUUAUCGACUCAUGCUCCUCAUGAAUCUUACACCUACCUGGCGAUAGGAACUUACUAUCUGUCCACAUUUCGAAUAGCAGAAGCUCGGCGCUUCUUCUCCAAGGCCUCUUUGAUGGAUCCACAUUCAGCGGCAGCAUGGAUCGGGUUUGCCCACACCUUUGCUGCUGAAGGCGAGCACGAUCAGGCAAUAGCGGCCUACUCUACCGCUGCAAGGCUGUUCCAAGGGAGUCACUUACCCCAACUCUUCCUCGGCAUGCAGCACCUCGCUCUGAACAAUAUGCAGCUUGCCUGGGAAUACUGUUUAGCGGCGUUUGAGAUGAGCAGUGGAGCAAUCACGGAUGGAACAGAUGACGAUCUCGGAAACAAGAUACUCAAAAAUAGCAGCCAUCUUGGUGGUGAUCCACUGGUUCUCAAUGAAAUCGGUGUAAUAUUAUACCAUCAGUCGCACCUGCCAGCUGCGGCCAAACUGUUCCACAAAUCACUCGAGUUGGCUGCAGAAUUGGGAUGCAAUAUGACUGCUUGGGUCGCGACGAGAGCAAAUUUAGCCCAUGCACUAAGACGGCUGGGAAGAUUCGAAGAAUCCCUGGCCGAAUUUGACGAAUGUUUAAGGACGGCCACCGGAGGAGCCGCACCUGCGUCCGCGUCCGCGUUUGAACCAGGACGUGGCAUGUCCGCGUUGGCAAAUCUCAGUCUCACCGGCACCAGCACGGGCCUCGGACCCAGCGGUGCAGCGAGUGGUUAUGACGAGCGAAAUCUGAUCGGUAGUAUCCACACCAGUCGCGGAUUGGUCUUACUCAGUAUGGUAGGCCGGACCAAGGACGCUGUUAUGGCUCUUCACGAGGCUGUCAGGGUUCUUGGCGGUGAUGCCGGUGGAGGCGGUGUUGCUGGUACACUUCUCAGUCGAGCAAUGGAGUUUUGGGCACUUGAAGAAGACCACGAUCUUGAUGAUGUCGAUAUGACAACGCAGCAGGAUUCGACCGCCGUGAUCGGCGGCACCCGAUCCAAACGAAGAGAGAAGGAAGCUAUGUCUGGUGGAGUACCUAGGGCUGGGAGGCAAAUGAGCAACGAACAAAAGCUCGAGCAACGAAUGGAUGACGAUGCAGAUGAGGUUCUGGAUACAGCUUUGCAAGCUAUCGGGUCAUGA